AUGUUCUUCUGUCUGAUACUAUGGGCCCUAUACUCAGACACUGUCCUUGCUGCGAGUCUGUCGCGACGUUCCGAAAGCGUUGGCAGUCUGGCCGCUGGGCCAAUACCAUCCUCUGACUUGCUGUCGCCUGCAAACAUCCUAGUACCAUCAAGCAACAACUCCUCAUCUGACAAUAGGCUGAAAAUUGCAUGCGACGCAACGAGAUACGGGAAGAAUCUGAAAGUAAGCAGUUGUCGCAACGUAUUCAAUUUCAUGAAGAAGGAUGAGACCACAUACACUUUUGCCGAGCGUGACAGCGGGGUGCCGAAUGACGGUCCGCUCCCUUUGAGAACGCUCAGCAACGACGGGUUGUGCUUCGUUCAGCCAGUCCUGAGCGCAGGCGCCAUAUCUGGGAAGGCGUCUCCGACUGAAAUCGGCCAAGCUGCCUUGGUAACGCUUCAAACAUGCGUUAUUGAAAGAGGGAUGGGAGGUAUGGCCUUCAACAUAGGCGGCGACAACAAAGUCAAUGUUGCAAUCGCUGAUUACAAACCACCGAAUGUCAAAUGCGACACGACUUCGACUCCCGGACCUGCGUGGAAUUCAUGUGUGGCUAUAGUCGUGAACAUGAGAGCUACCAAGCAGGCUCGCGUAUUCGGAUACUCUGGAGACCCGAGCGUUGAAGAGGAAUUGCCCCUUGUGCUAGAAGGAUCAAGCAUCGACAUUGAGGGUCCAGCGACUGUUAUGACCUGGUACGAGCUUUGGGAAGCGGUAAACGCCAUCACUAGUCGUCGCGGAAACAUCCGUUUGGAGCUGUCGGGCAAGAAGUACGACCCCGGUGAAAAGGUUGGAAAUGCGUCGAGGGUCUCACUGGCAGAUGCUGGUGUUGCACUGCAAUAUUUCGACACGGUGUCUUCGCAGGCCGGUUCGACCGGGUUCAACCGGGCCAUCCCUUUCGAGCUGUUGAACUUGACGGGAGUGAUGCCCGACAAUGGCUCUUCGGUGACUCUGCCCGGUGACCCUUGGACGAACGGUUCGGUGAUGGCUAGUGCUUGA